UCUUUCUCAGCCGAAUCAUUGUCAUUUUGGCAUGAACGAAGCAUUUGCUGCUAUCAAACUCGAUAACCUAGACACUCUCAGACAAAUCACAGAGAACAGCAUCGAUCUUAGAACAAUCCGAGACGACAACGGCGCCACAUUGCUUCACGUCUGCUCUCGAUAUGGCCGUCAAAGCCUCAUGCACUGGCUCAUAGAAGAAAUAGGCCUCCUCCCAACGGAUAGAGCCUCAAAUGGAGCCACUCCGGCGCACGACUCGGCGGCCUGUGGCCAAAUAUUAACCCUCCAAUGGCUAGUUGGCAAGAACUAUUGUGCUGCGUCUGAUUGUGAUAAUAGGGGAGUGUCGUUGUUGCAUUAUGGGGCGCAGUUCAAUCGUGUGGAUGUGGCUGAGUGGCUUGUUGAGAGUUGUGAAGUGUCUGUGCGAGGGAGGACGGCGGGAGGAAUGAGUGCAGCUCACUAUGCUGCUUAUAGUGGUGCAGUUGAUGUGUUGAGGUAUCUUGCUAGGAAGGACAAGAGUCUUGCUGAAUCAGUUGCUUCCAAUGGAGCAACGCCUGUCUAUUAGGCAGCACAACAGGGAAAGCUAGAGUGUCUGAAGUUUCUUGUCAAUGCAGAAGCCAACUGCAGAACCAAAACAAAUGAUGGCAUGUUGCCUAGCCAUGCAGCAGCUCAGUGUGGACAUUUGAAUUGCCUUACUUUCCUGGUUGAACAUGGCGCAUUGUCUGUUAUGGAAAGAGACUCAGACGGUGCUACAUUGCUGCACUAUGCAGCAGCUGCAGGUCAUUCAAAUAUUGUCAAGUGGUUGUUGGAUCACAGAGCAGUUAUUGAUAAGGAUGCAUUGGGAGGAUUGCCUUUGCAUGAUGCUGCACAGAAUGGACAAGUAGAAUGCUUGAAGCUCCUAGUCGAUGCUGGUGCUGAUGCGUCUUCGAAAGAUGCUGAAGGACUCACUGCUCUUCAGCUAGCAUUGCAAGCUUCUCACAACAAUUGUGUGCAGUAUCUAAAGUCACUGUCGGCUACUCGGUCCUCAGCAUCAGAAGACACGUCAAGUUCGUCAGCAGAAUCCGAUAGCGAAACGGAAACCGAGUCAAUCAAGAGAACACCGCCUCCAGCAGGCUUUAGUGCAGGUUUGUUUGAUUUGUGAUUGUAACUUUUGGUCAGUAUUUGUGUACACCAAGACUGUCUUGUAAGCAUACUAUACUUGCUUGAUUAUCACCCCACUAUAUUUGUUGAAACCCUAGCUGUCAUGGAAGCAAACAUGCAAACUUCCUAGUAGUCUAGAUUACGUAUAUAGGCCUGGUAUAGGUAGUUGUCGUUUUGCGAUCGUGAUCAAGACAAUUGAAAUGUACAGUCUAGGUAGGCACUCAGUUCCGUUGUAAGGACAGUGGUAUGGUAUUUACUGACAUAGAAAUUGAUAUCAGCAAACAUUGACUAUCAACAGUGUUAGAUGCAGCACAGUGUAAUAAAGGAUUGAUCUUACUGUAGAGGACGUGUGAAUAGUUGACUGUAGGUGGCAUUCAGCUAAUCAAGUGUUUCUUGGUUGUCAAUUACACACACUCCCUAAAAUACAGUGUUAGAUGCAAACAGUGUAGUAAAGGAUUGAUCAUACUGUAGGUAUGGGACGUGUGAAUAGUUGACUGUAGGUGGCAUUCAACUCCUGAACGUGUUUCUUGGUUGUCACGUACACACAGUCCCUAGCUACACUAGAAAAGGAUGGGGCGACGAAACUUUAUGAAGCCUUUUUUCCGCCGUUUGGUCACUUGCACGAAUCGUUCUUAGACUCAUCUGUAGUCAGACACGGAAACGAUUUUUUAAGGUAGCUCCUAUCAUGAAACGUGGUCGUGGAGAGGAGAAAUUUUGAGAUUUGUGUACACACACACACACACACACACACACACACACACACACACACACACACACACACACACACACAUUUAUGGGAUCUGCCUGUAUCGUAGAUUGGUUGUAUUGAAAUAUAUAUUUGGCUAUAUAAAAUAUAUAUAUAUAUACCAAAGGCUCGAUGGAGAUCCAUAUAGGACAACGCCCAUUUCUGUUGUGCGACCCGGAUUAGAAGCCUCGCUACGCUCGGCAACUACUAAAGUAGGUGCUCCGCCCAGUUUGGGGUCACGUGCAGCAAGGAAGAGAUCAAGAAAUCGUUGUGUCGUUUAGCAGCAUGUUAUCUCAAGCGGGUAAAUAGAUAAAUGUGUGCAUAAAGGCAUGAUUUUAAGUUUGUGUGGGUGUGUCUGCGCGUGCGCGGUGAAUCGUGUGCGGACACCUUUUAAUUAAUUAGUUCUGUACAUUACCGACUGAAACGGAGUAGAACCGUUUCUACAUCCCUAUAAUACUUCAAACGUUUUGAAAGCUGUGAUUGUACUACAGAAAAGCGACACGACCUUUAUUUAGGAAUCAAGUUCUUUUCCACAAACUACGGUACGUACAAACUAAAGAUUUGUGGGCGAGGUUUUAAAGCACGCUAGCGACUUAUCCCAUGUAGAAUUUAUGUUCGAACAGGUCCCGUAUGUAACGAAAGCGGGAUACGUCAGG